AUGCUGCACCUCCCAGAAGAUGUUCAGCUCUGCGUCGUGGAGCAACUCAGCACUGAGACUUUGACAGGCCCAGAACACUACAAUGCGUGGAAUGCUGCUAUCAAAACGCUCUCCAGCCUAUGCUUGACAUCUAGAAGGAUGUGCAUGCUCGCACAACCACUACUCUAUCGAGGCUUUGUCAGAAUGUUAAAGAUGAGAAUGACACUAGACGGUGAUAACAUCGGGGUGAAAGCAACCGAAAUGCUGGAGCUAUUCAUCCGUACCUUGUUGGAUCGACCCAAUCUUGCAAACCAAGUCUGGUCCAUCCGUCUGCAAGAACUAGACGACGGCGACAUCGAUUCAGACGAGCAGGGUUUCUGUUGCGAUGACGAAUACGAGACACCUGAGAUGCCGGACCAGAUAACUAGGACGCCAGAUGAGACUUUCUUGAACAAUUGUCUUGACUCAACACGAAGAGUGUCUGCUCCAGGUGCAGACUCGGAAGAUCAUGGUUGGCACGACGUUUGGCGCUCAGACCUGGCGGAAGGCAAGGACAGUGCAGCAACAGCUCUUCUCUUGACGUUAGUCCCCAAUCUCAGGCACUUGGACAUCGAGUCCUUCAAGAUGACAUACAGCUGGCAUUUCACGAUGUUAGUCAAGCAAUUCUUUGGUGGUGCUUCUUGGGCCAAAUACGAGAAGGGCUCCGAGAUUCCCAGUUUCAGAUUUGUAAACUCGAUUCCGCUCCCACAAAAGCUCUUGCCAGUUCUUUCUCCGUUGGAAAGAUUGACUUUUCGUCGAGACGAAUAUCGUAGCGGAUGGGGCAUUGAGCUGUAUAUGUGCAUGAUGUAUAUAUCCACGUUAAAGUCCUUCAGUCUUAUCGGCAUGUCAUACUUUUUCAACCACCCUUCAGCCACAUACCAUAUGCCGCUACUGAAACAUCUGCGGUACCUGAGGAUCCAAAAUGUUAACUCCGACCCUAUUGGAUUAUUCCUCGACACCCUGGCAAAAAGAGUCGACACCCUCGAACGCCUGGAAUUGGUUAUACCAUUCGAAAACGAACACGAAGAGGACGACGUGCACUUCGCCAAUCGAUUCGAUCUCCGACAGUUGUCGAAGCUCAGGUCAUCGGAGAUCAAUCAGACGAUAUUAUUCCCACAUUCCAGCCCCGAAAAUCCGAACUUCUCGGAUUUGUUACCGACUUCGCUGGAAAGCCUAGUUGUACGAGAGGUUGAUGCCAACUUUGCUACCGCGUUGUCCAACUUUGUGGAACAAAAGGACCAUGAAAAUCCGCCACGACUCCGAUACAUUGAGCUCGUCGAGACGGAAGAGUUUGCCAAUUCGACUCUGGAGGAAAAUCAAACAGCAGAGACCUUGGAGAUUGACCAUGCGGCAUGGUCCGCUGUUCGUGCCGAGCUUAUAGAAAUGUGCCUGGACGUUGGUAUUCGGUACAAGAUCUGGUCAGAGGUCGCGAAAGUGUUUGCGGAUGAAAAAGAUUACAAGGACUGGCCAGAGCGUGUAAAGAAUCACUUUCGAGCGGGCAUAACCUUGUCGAGUUCUUAG